GCAUUAUAAGUGUGCAAAGGGAAGCCACGGAGAGGUUAAAGGAAGCACCGAAUAGCAAAGGUAUACAAAUGAGAGGAAGAAGAAGUAAGAAGUGGAGGAAGAAAUCGACGAAGAAGAACACGCACGCACACGCGCACAUAAAUAUGCAAGCCUACUCCUUGCCUCGUGGCGGCACUGUAGUCCAAAUACGUGACUAAACGGCUUGACAACAACAAUGGCUGCUGCCUGCACGUUGGUGUGCUGUAAGGAGGAGAGCGAAACAGAUAAAGCGGUUGUCGUUCAGUUUUCAAAUGGCAACCUGGAAAGCCCAGGCCAGCUGGACUACACCUUCUACAAGAACAUAGAUGAGAGAAACCCCAGGAAAAAAGCCAGACGGACGUUGGUUGCAGAAUCAGAGAGGCUAUCAUACGCUGGACAUAAUUUUGGAACUGGGUCCUUGAAAUGCAACAAUCUUUGCAAGUAUUACGUGGGGGUGCUGAACAAACGGACCAUGCAGAUGGAGCUGCACAGUGCUCAGCUCUUCAAACUGCAACCUAUUAUACCAGGGGAGAAAACAGAGACAGACACAUCUCAGGAUGUUGGUCAGACCUAUAGACAAAAGGUCGACUCUCUGAUAGAGGCUUUUGGCACCGUUAAGCAAAAAAGAGCGCUGAGUUCACGCAGACUGAAUCAGGUGGGAAGUGAUACCCUGCAUCACAUGGUCUCAAAGACGGCCAAUGACAUGAUUGACCAAAAGGGCCUGGAAGUCUUGCAACAGGAGGUGGCUCAGACACAGUCUCAGGAUGUGGCCGUCUACCUGCCUCCUUGCCAUCCAAAUGCAGAAAGACCUGAGGAUGUGUACCUAUUUGAUGAUCUCCUGUCUCCAGUGGAGUUUGAGGCUUUGGGGGAGGGUGGUUCCAAGAUGGCUGCACUCACUCCCAAGGAGCUACAGAAGAUGAGAGAUGAUGGAGGGUGUUUGAGUGUGGUGAAGCAGGUUGAAAUACUUCCAAGUGACGAUAAAGCCAAAGAGAAGACGGUACGCUGUGCCUAUUACCUCUACCUGCUCCUCAAGCUGGUGCAAGAGAGACGCAUCUCCCGUAAAUUUUUUCAGAAGCAUGGUUGCCCUCCUGUUAUCCAAAACAAACUGAUGAAUACAUUCACAGUGGACAUGUUCAACGAUGGCAAACUCCUGAAUAUUGUGUCAGCAUCGAUGUGUGCGAAGGUAGCAUCACACGGCCUGGCCCUGCUGCUGCAUGUGGGUCAUAUGACUGCUGACCUAACGUUGCUGCACCGGGACCUGGGAAUUACAGAGCCCAGGAUGCUUGAGGUCGCCAAGGCAAUGGGGCUCACCAUAAGCAAGAACAGCCACAGAAAAGCUAAUGACGCCGUCCUGACAGACGGGCACAGGCGGGCCUCCCUCAUUCUCCCGCUUGUCAAAUACGAGCAGUACAUGGAACGCAAGAGGCUGAAGAAGAAAAUGCGUUAGAGGCUAGCACAGUUGGAAAAGACCGAGGUGGGGUGGAAGGACAAUACUGAAAGCUGGAAAAAAAAAAGUCUGUUUAUUUGACAAAAAAUAAAGGAACUUCCAAGUUAAAUUUUGUACCACUGCUGUGUGCACAUUAUUCAAAAUACAAACGCCUAUGUGAUAAGAUGUAAACAAACGCUACACAAUUGAAUACAUUCAAACUGAAAAACGUAUUGAUGUUUGUAGACACGGCAUAUUGUAUAAUUCAGUAUAAUGUGAGAAGGAAUAUUUUUCCAGCUAUAGCUGGAUUUUUACCAGGUCAGUCUUUGUAUGCAUGUGGGGUUGGGGGGGGGGGGCUUUGGGUUCGUGCUUGUUGAUUAUGCACAUCUAGCACUUGAUCCUUACAUGAAAAAAUAACAGUUGACCCUCUAUAUGAAAUAUAAAAAAUAAGGUCAAAAAGGGGAAAACUAUUCACAUUUUCAAAAAUGUCAAUCAUGUCCAGGUCAGUUUGCUUGAUGUCAAGCACACAAACCCAGUCG